AUGCAUGAAAGAACCAGCAAAUUGGAGGAUACUCUGAACCAGUUCAUGCAGGUGUCUAUGAAUAACCAGAAAAAUACUGAAGCUUCCAUCAAGAAUUUGGAGGUACAGGUGGGUCAGCUAGCUAAACAAUUAGCUGACAUGUCUGGAGGACCAUUUUCAGCCAAUACCAUGACCAACCCCAAGGAGUAUUGCCAAGCUAUAACAACAAGAAGUGGGAAGGUAGUUGGUGAAGAUGUUGGAGUGAGUGAGAACAAUGAGGAUGCUGAGAAUGAGGGAGAAAAUAAUGAAUUGAAGGAGGUUGAGGAAGAGAUUGAGAAGAAUGAGGAAGAAAACAAUAAGACCAUGGAGCAAAUGCCCACAUAUGCUAGGUUCAUGAAGGAAUUGUUAACUAAGAAAAGGAGAAUGCUUGAAGAAGAGACUGUGGAGCUUGAAGCAGGAUGCAGUGCCAUUAUACAGAAGUCUCUACCUCAGAAGUCCAGAGAUCCAGGCAGUUUCACUCUCCCUGUAUCAAUUGGUAAUCUGUCAGUGGGUAAGGCACUCUUAGAUCUUGGAGCUAGUAUUAAUUUGAUGCCUUUAUCCAUGUUGAAAAAGAUAGGAGAAGUGGAAGUGAGACCUACAAGAAUGACCUUGCAGUUGGCAGACAGAUCCAUCAAGAUUCCACAUGGUAUAGUGGAAGAUAUGAUUGUAAAGGUUGACAAGUUCGUUUUUGGGUAUGAUUUCUUCUCGGCCAUUUUCCUGUUUUCUUCUUAG